AUGCGCAUUGCUUUGCUACUGCUGGCACUGGCAUCAGCGACGCGAUGGCCGUCGGUGAGCGUUCAGAUGGUGACGUACAAGCGACCAAAGCUCCUCUUGGAGGCUCUGAACCAAGUGGCCCUGCAGAACUACAAGGGAGACAUCGACGUCGUAAUCAUCGACGAUAGCCCUGAGAGUAUGGAGGAAGAGAUCGAGCCUCUGCGCGGCCGUGGAUCAAUAAAAGAUGUGCGCUACAUCUACUUGCUGGAGAGGAUGAGCAUCGGCGCCAAGCGGAACCUGGCGACGCGAAGCACCGACGCGGAAGUCCUCGUCAUCUGGGACGACGAUGACGUAUUCACGCGAGAUCGCAUUCGAAAGCAAGUUGUGCACUUGCUCGGAUCUGAGGAUGUGAACUGCUCCGGCAUUGAAGUGUCCUCCUUCUACUCCGUUCCGACGAAGGAGCUCACUGUCCGACCAUCAGGUCUCGAGCCGCUGGUGUUCGAGAACACGCUCUGCUUCACCCGGUCUUGGUGGGAAGGCAAUGGUUAUGGCUUCGGAGAAGCCUGGGAGGUCUCUGGCCAGGGGGAGGGCACCUUGGAACCCUGGUGGACUCAGGUCCAACCACUUCUCGGCAAGGAGGAGCCGUUCCUCUACAUCUAUCUCCCCUCGAGCGCUUCGGGGGGAUCGGCGGUCAACAAGGAUCGCCGACCACCCCCACAGCCCGCGCUCGCGACUCUCGUCGCAGCGCUUCAGAGCGGAAGGUUUCCGGACGAAGUCACCUCGCCACACAUCAGCGGCGUCCUGAAGGGUGCCAGAGACGAGUUAGAGGAGCUUCUUGAUUCGGACGGGUUGAUGCAGAUUUCCCGCGUUGCUGCCACCGAGCCUUUUGAGACGCCGGUGCGCAGAUAUCCGCCUGCUGCCCCAGCCGCGGUGGCAGAAGCCUAUCCGGAGCGGAGCGAUCCGCAGCUUCGGGCGGAGCCGAGCGUGGCUGCGCACGUGUGGAGGCGUUUGAGCUCCUGCGAUCUGUCGUCGGCCGGCUGGCUCUUGAGCAGCAGUCCUCCGUGCCGGCUAAAGGAGGACUUCAUCAGUGAGGAUGAGGCCUCUUCCCUUCUUCUCGGUCUCCGUCCGGAUGCACUGGCGGGCAUGGCACGUCGAGAGCGAGGUGGUGUAGAGUCACGAGCUGAACAAAAGCUGCGACAGCGCGUCGCAGCCGCGGUUGGCGUCGAGGAGCGACUACUUGAACCCACGCGCUUCGUUCGCUACUCUCGGAAAGGCCAGGCGUUUGAGCCGCACGUAGAUUGGAUUGUCGAUUCGGCCGAUCCUCAGCUUGCAGAGUUGGGGCAAAGAGUGGCCACGGCACUGAUCUUUCUGACAGACCUCCCCGAAGGUCGGGGCCUGGGGUCGAUGAGAUGCAAAGGAGGAACAGGUGUUGGUGGAGAGACUGAUUUCCCAGCCCUCGGCUUCGCGGUGACGCCGAAGAAGGGCACCGUGCUGUUGUGGCCCAAUGUUGGCGCAGACGGCACGCCUUUGCCAGAAAUGAUUCAUGAAGCCAUGCCGAUGCUCCAGGACGGCAUAGAGAAGAUCGCAUUGAACGUGUGGAUUCGUGAUCGUCCUCUGCCCCGAGACAUGACGAUUUUGGAGAAUCUCCUCCAGUCAUAG